CCCGCCGCCAUGGCGGCCCCGGCCGUGUCUCCGCUGCCUCCCGCCGCCGCCGCCAGCGCCGAGGUGUCCCGACAGCUGCACUAUCAAUCUAAUAUGGGAAUGAGAGCUCCAUAUUCUUCCACACAAGGGAAUAAAGACGGAAAACAAAAGGAAAAUUACCGCUCCUUAUCAAUGACUGGUCACGCUGGUUUUGAAAGUUUACCCGAUCAGCUGGUCAAUAGAUCCAUUCACCAGGGGUUCUGUUUCAACAUCCUCUGCAUUGGGGAAACUGGAAUUGGAAAGUCGACCUUGAUAGACACGUUGUUCAACACCAAUUUUGAUGACCGCGAAUCCUCACAUUUUCACCCAAAUGUAAAACUUCAGGCUCAGACAUAUGAACUGCAGGAAAGCAGCGUCCGGUUGAAACUGACAGUUGUGAAUACGGUAGGAUUCGGUGACCAGAUCAACAAAGGACAUAGCUAUCUGCCGAUCGUUGACUACAUAGAUGCGCAGUUUGAAGCCUACCUGCAAGAAGAGCUGAAGAUUAAGCGAUCUCUUUAUAACUACCACGAUACACGCAUCCACGCCUGCCUUUAUUUUCUUUCACCUACGGGCCAUUCUCUUAAGACACUCGAUCUCUUAACCAUGAAGGCUCUUGACAGCAAGGUCAAUAUUAUCCCCGUGAUCGCCAAAGCCGACACCAUUUCAAAGACGGAGCUGCAGAAGUUUAAGAUCAAGCUCAUGAGCGAAUUGGUGAACAACGGAGUCCAGAUAUACCAGUUCCCAACGGAUGAUGAAACUAUUUCGAAAAUCAACUCCUCAAUGAACGGACACUUGCCGUUUGCGGUGGUGGGCUGCAUGGAGGAGGUAAAAAUUGGAAAUAAAAUGGUGAAAGCACGUCAGUAUCCUUGGGGCAUCGUUCAAGUGGAAAAUGAAAACCACUGUGACUUUGUAAAGCUCCGGGAAAUGCUCAUUUGCACCAAUAUGGAAGAUCUGCGAGAACAGACCCACGCGCGGCACUAUGAGCUCUACAGGCGUUGCAAGCUGGAGGAGAUGGGCUUCAAAGACCUAGGUCCAGAGAACAAACCAGUCAGUCUCCAGGAAACCUACCAAGCCAAGAGACAUGAAUUCUUUGGUGAGCGGCAGAGGAAGGAAGAGGAGAUGAAGCAGAUGUUUGUGCAGAGAGUGAAGGAGAAGGAAGCGAUAUUGAAAGAGGCUGAAAGAGAGCUACAGGCCAAAUUCGAACACCUUAAAAGGCGCCACCAAGAAGAAAGACUGAAACUGGAGGAAAAAAGAAAACUUCUGGAAGACGAGCUGCUUGCCUUCAGCAAAAGGAAAGCUGCCUCGGACAUGAUUCACGCCCAGGGUUUCACGUGCACGCCUAAUGCCAGCAUAAAGAAGGACAAGGACCGUAAGAAGGAUCCGGGCUUUCGAUUCGAACUCCUGUGCUUCGAUGUCAGAGCCUGUGAAAUGGUGGACAUUCACGGACAGAAAGAGGCAGAGAAAGAGAAGUUCCGGCUUUAUGUAAUACACACGUUCCGGAUAUAUGUAGCAUCAAUGGUUAUUACACGCAAGUUAUUAAAAAUUUAAGAGUAUGCUUUGAUAUUUUUUGGGGGUGCCGUUUUUCUUUGUAUCACACUAAGGAUGUGUCCGGUGAAUGGCCUUCUAUCGCUGCCGAUUAUGGAAAAAUACUGUCAGAGGUCAACACCGAUGUAAGUUCCUGAUCUCAGCCUUUUCCGUUUUAAUGGCUGUUUCUUGAAAACUGCUGCUUUGAGAUGCUCUUCGAUCAUCUCAGGGCAUCAAGAAUUUACCGGCACUCUGAAGCUCAUCUUACCAAAGAGAAAUCUCCGUGCCAUUAAUACCCAGCCCUCGUUCAGUUUGGUCGCUGAAUUAUGUUUCGUAUUCAAGUGACUACGAACAAAAGCGAUUCUGAAGACGUUUCGUUGGUUGAACACUCUAAAUGCUAUUUAAUGUCAUGUUCGGAGCACUGUUGAAAUUUCCUAAAUACCAGAAAAGCGUUAAAUAUCGGAGUUUGUAAACCUUGUAUUAGUAUCAUUAACAAUAUUUAAUGUAUUUUUAUCGAAAGUGUAUCCAACUAGGGGACAUAACCCAAGGCUUUUGUAAUAGAAGUAUAUCAUAGUUUGCUUCUGUGCUACUUGUAUUUUUUUUACUAACGAGUAUCUUUGUAACUAACAUAACGAGAUCGAAUCAAAAAGGGAAAAAGAAAUCACGCCAAUCUACACGAGCCACGUUUGCUGGUGACUGUGUCACCCUGGAAGCUGCCCAUAAUGGUUCAUUUGGGAGUUACCACCUCAAUUUCAUCCGUACCUCUUUCCGCCUCAGUCAAUCGGUCCUCCGCAGGUAAACUUUAAAGCGCACCGAUGCCUCACUCAAUCGGUCCUCCCCAGGUAAACUUUAAAGCGCACCGAUGCCUUAAUAUUUUAGAGGUCUAGAAAACUUGAAACCAAGUCCUAGCUUGGGGCUUUUUCGACUUUGAGUUAUUCCAAUAAUUAAAUGAUUUUGAGUUCAUCCUAAAUAAGCGUCCUCGGAGGAUGUAAUUUUUCCGUUAUUUUGUACUUGAAUAGUUUUGAAAUAAAGAUGACACUUAGCUCUUGACAAAUAAAAGUACAUGUAUGUAUAGCUAUAUAUAUACACACACAUAUAUAUAUUCGCACUUAUUCUAAUGUCUAAAUCACUUUUAAUUUCUCACCUGUGUGAUUGGGAACUUCAAUCUUAACUUUUCUCGUUUCUUCCCAAGUGUCGAGAUUGAAAGGGAAGGGGCCACACACGAGUCGAGUUAUUGAGUUAUUCCAAUAAUUAAGUGAUUUCUAAUUCGCCCUAAAUUAAGCGUCCUCGGAGGAUGUAAUUUUUCCGUUAUUUUGUACUUGAAUAGUUUUGAAAUAAAGAUGACACUUAGCUCUUGACAAAUAAAA